AUGGUUAGAAAGACAACUCAAGGAAACGCUUUUCUUUCUGGACAAUUAACAAAUUACCAGUUAAUGGUAUUAGAUGACAACCAUACUGUAUUAACAAUUUCCAUGGCUUAUUCUGGUUGCAGUUGUCAUUUGUCAAGUACAUGUGUCGAACAACUUUCCAUCUAUGAUAAUUCUACUAACAUAAGAUUAUUCGAUGUACCAGGUUUCUAUACAGGAUGCUAUGUAAUUGAAGCAUUACUACAAUCUACUCUUCAGUGCUUUUAUGAUCAAAACUGUAUAGAUGAACUACAACUUUACUUAACAACUGCUUCGCCAAUGAAUGCAACAGCUCUUGAUCCAUCUUUAUCAAGUCAAUAUUCUGAAAAUUCCACCAUCGAACAUCUCCUUCAAAGUUUAAUGAUUGAAGAUUGGAAUUCAACGCAACUAUAUGAUCGAUACUAUAAUGAAUGUCAACCUAUACAAUGCACUUAUACUGUUGAGACAAGGAAUAGCGUAAUUUACAUAAUUACUACAAUGUUUGGUAUUGUUGGUGGUCUCAUGACAGUUCUAAGAUGCGUUGUACCACGAGUUGUCAAUCUCGUGAGAAAGAAGAGAAGUCAAUUACCACGAUCACCUUUUGGACUUGUACUGCAUACCUAUGUUUGCCGUUUGUUUCCAACACUUAAAAACUAUUGUUUAACAUUCAAUGUGUUUAAAUCUGUACCACCUUCAACUGAUGAACAUGAACUUAAAAAUCAACUAAUAUCAACAAGAAUAUUUAUUGUAUUGCUCAUCUUAUCAUUAACAAUUCUUCUCUUAUAUACAUCAUUAGCCAACAUUACAAAAACUAUCAAUGUUCCUAAACCUACUCUUACAAAAUAUGAACAAUUAUAUUCUAAGUAUUCACAAACUCUAAUAUGUCCAUGUAAACAAAUAUCAAUCAAUUAUGAAAAAUUUCUUUCUAUUGAAUAUACAUUUCAUCAAGUGUGUAAUAGUUUUUUUAUUACCGACGAUUGGAUUUCAUAUAUUGGGAUGUCAUAUGAAGCUACAUUCGCUAAUAUUAACUUCCAGUGGACAAGUCCAAAUGCAUUUCAAGCUUUAGGUGCAUUUUGUGAAUUAGUUGAAAGUACAAUUAAUAAUAGUCUGAUUCAAUUUAAUUCAAGCCAAUAUAUUACUGCAUCUGUCGCAUCAUCAGAAUUAUUUCAGUUACAAGCUCGAUCAUUCGUUAAACAGUUUAUAUCAUCAACAACAAAUACUUUUGUGUUAUCUCUUAAUACCAUCCGAAACUCAACUCACGGAGAUGGUUUACUGUCGGGCUUAUUGACAAAUUACAAAAUAACUGUAGGUACAUCCGUAUCUAAUGAACCUAUUGUUCUCGGCGCUCCAGUAGAUUACUCUAAGUGUGGUUGUAUUUCAUCAAGUACAUGUAUCGCACAGUCUUCCUUUUUGAAUAGUCUGUCUAACAAGGAUAGUUUUGAUGUACCAGGUUUUUAUACAGGAUGUUAUGUGAUUGAAGCAUUACUACAAUCUACUCUUCAGUGCUUUUAUGAUCAAACCUGUAUAGAUAAUUUACAAAUUUAUUUGUCACCACCUGUCCUGAUGGAUGUGACAGCUCUUGACUCAUUAUUACCAAGUCAAUAUUCUGAAAACUCAACAAUUGAAUAUCUUCUUAAUAAUUUAAUGAUUGAAGAAUGGAAUUCAACACAAUUAUACGAUCAAUACUAUAAUGAAUGUCAACCUAUAGAAUGUACUUAUACUAUUGAAACAAGAAAUAGCGUAAUUUACAUUAUUACCACUAUUUUUGGUAUUAUUGGUGGUCUCAUAACAGUUCUAAGAUGCGUUGUACCACAAGUAGUCAAGUUUGUGAGAAAGAAGAAAGACUUAACACAACCACGCAUCGCGAUGGCUAAAAAGGAACGGGCUAUGAUAUUGUGGCGAAAAUGCAUAAUUUUCUUGUUCAAUUUUAAUUUAUUUCCAUCUGUACCACCUUCAACUGAUGAGCAUAAACUUCGAACUCAACGAAUAUCAACAAGAUUAUAUAUUUUAUUACUUAUCCUAUCAUCAAUGAUUCUUCUUUUAUACACUUCAUUAGAAAAUGUUACAAUGACUGUUAAUAUCGCAGCACCUACUCUCACAAAAUAUGAACAAUUAUAUUCUAUAUAUUCACAAACUCUUACAUGCCCAUGUAAAAAUAUAUCAACCAACUAUGAAAAAUUUCUUUCUAUUGAAUAUACAUUUCAUCAAGUAUGCACCAGUUUUUUUAUUACCGACGAUUGGAUUUCAUAUAUUAAUAUAGGUCGUGUAGGUUAUUAUGUUACCGGCGACUUUCGAAUAACAGGUCCGUAUCAGUUUGAAGCAUUACGUGCAUUUUGUGAACUAAUUAACAGUUUCUAUGUAGGAUGUUAUACGACUGAAGCAUUGCUUCGAUCUACUCUCGAGUGCUUUUAUAAUCAAACCUGUAUAGAUCAAUUACAAUAUUAUUUGUCACCACCUGUUCCGAAGAAUGUGACAGCUCUUGAUUCAUCUUUACCAAGUCAAUAUUCUGAAGAUUCAACAAUUGAAGAUCUUCUUAAUAAUUUAAUGAUUGAAGAAUGGAAUUCAACACAAAUAUAUGAUCGAUAUUAUGAUGAAUGUCAACCUAUAGAAUGCACUUAUACUAUUAAUACAAAAAAUAAUAUACUUUAUGUUAUCACAACAUUAAUUGGUAUAAUUGGUGGAUUGACAAGAGUUUCAAAAAUUCUCGUCCCAAUAUUAGUUAAAAUCAUUGUAUAUUGCUUUCGAAAAUGGAGAAACAGAGUUGUUCCACAAAUAUCAAUUAUUCAAACAUAA